AUGGCUGCUACUGCUGCUACGGCUGCUGUGGCUACUACUGCUGCUACUGCUACUACGGCUGUUGCUGCUUCUACGGCUGCUGCGGCUACUACUGCUACUACGGCUGCUACUGCAUCUGCUGCGGCUGCUGCUGCUACUACUACUACUACGGCUACUGCUGUUGCUACGGCUGCUGCGGCUACUACUGCUGCUGCUGCUGCUACUACGACUGCUGCUGCCGCUACAGCUGCUGAUGCUACUACUCCUACUACGGCUGCGGACAUGGACCGUCGACAGAGAGAGGCCACGACCGCUCUUGAAGCAACCAUUCAAUUAGCCCGAGGACAGGCUGUGCCGUUCUCGCAACCGGAUCAGCCACCAAAUGCGCCACCACAGCGGGCCAAAAAUCCGAGUCCUCCAAUUCAGCCAGCAAGCCCUCAAUGGCCGAAGGAGCUGCCUGUUGCUCAGGAUGAUGUCCCAAUACGGGAUCCUGAGCACCAGCCGCAUUCUCAAGCUGGUUGCAUAGUCGUCUCCAAGUCUUAA